AUGUCAUCAUCUACCCUUCGCCCAGAAUCGGAGGAAAAUAAGGAUCGAAGUACAGAUAUGGAAAGAGGAUCCGCAUCAGACUAUCCUCCUCCGUCUCGAUCGGGGAACGAAGGUUCACGAGAGAAAACAACACAGCCUCAAGGUGAAGAAGGUAGCGCUCAACCACCGAAAGACGGUGAUGAGGACGAUAUACCUGAUGGUGGUUAUGGUUGGGUCAUAGUAGGCUGCUUAAUAGCUAUGAAUGCUGUGACGUGGGGUAUAAAUACAACAUAUGGAGUGUUCUCAUCGUACUAUCUCUCAAACAACUACUUUGAAGGCGGAUCAACAUUGAAAUACGCUUGGGUUGGAGGAUUGAGUGUAGCAACUUGUCUACUGUGCGGACCACUGGCAAACGCCAUCAGUAGAUGGCUUGGUUUCAGAACAACAAUGAUGUUUGGUACAGCAUUUGUCGUAUUAGGCCAAUGUAUGGCAGGGUUAUGUAGAACAUACGGAGAGUUCCUAUUUUGUCAAGGUAUCCUGUUCGGCACAGGUCUCGGAUUCACGCUUGUUCCUAGUCAACCUUUACUAGCACAUUGGUUCAAGAGAAGAUUGGCUUUAGCGCAGGGGAUAGCAACUUCCGGCUCAGGACUAGGCGGCUUGAUCCUCUCGAACACCACACGUCUAAUCAUAGAUCGAAUCAACGUCAAGUGGGCACUGAUAAUAAACGGUAUUAUAUCAUUGGUCUGCUUGGUGCCCGCUAUCAUACUGCUGAAAGGUAGACAUAAGGCUAUAGGAGCGAGACAAGCUCCAUUAGAACUCAAAUGGUUAUGGCAUCCUGGGUUUUUAUGGGUUUGGUUGUGGGCUGCUUUUACCAUGAUGGCUUACUUCAUCGCCCUUUACUCCCUCGCUUCAUUCGCUACUUCCGGUCUCAACCUUUCUCAAACGCAAGGAGCAGCUCUCCAAUCUAUUCUAUCAGCAGGACAAAUGAUCGGUCGACCAAUUUGGGGUUAUUUCCUCGAUACGGGUGGUCGAAUCAAUCUCACCAUGAUCUGUUAUAUCAUAUGUGGUAUUUCCUCAUUAGCAAUUUGGUUACCAGCGAAAUCAUUUGGUGUAUUGAUUUUCUUCGCUCUCGUACAAGGUAUGACAGGAGGAACGAUUUGGUCAGCAGCUACACCGGUUGUAGCUAAAGUCGUAGGAGUGAAGGAUUUAGCUUCAGCAUUAUCCAUAUUCUGGUUGAUAUUAGUGAUACCCGCAUUAGUCGGUCAACCGAUCGCAAUCGCUUUAUUGGAUUAUAGUGUUUCGCAUCUUGGAAGAUCAGGUGCAGAAGCUUAUUAUAUCAGUAUUGGAUUUUGUGGUGGGAUGGCUUUGUUCGCUGCUGGAUUAUUGUAUGGUGCGAAAAGGUGGUUGCAAGGUAGUUGGAAGGUGUUACAGAGAACUUAA